GUGGUCCAACCGCCCUCGACAUCUACCUCGUCACGUCGUACGACGCCGGCUCCGAAGCUUCUAACGCCAUGGUCAGUGCCGACAACGGCCCUUACAGGAGUGCGACGUCAAUAAUCGGAAACGUCGACACGACCGACGGGAACGUUGUGAUCUACAACGAACCGGGGAAGGUCUCGCACCACGAAGGGUUUAAGGUCGAGACAGUUGCUCGCGCCCAGAACAUCUCAACCAACCCCUUCAUGACCAAGCACCCGGCGACCUUCAUCGGCUCGGACGACGAGAACUACGGCGGCACCAUCCGCAAGAUUCAGUUUGGCCUGGGGGAGCCCUAGGAAUGCGGCCGCUCAGCUCGCGGGCCACCAGCCCACGAUCCGCUCCCUCUGUCGCGGGUCGCAAGGGGGUUGGUCCCGCUGCAUGACGCGCACUAGGAGCCGCCGCCGCCUCUCUCUGGCGGCAUCCAGAUAGGGGCUGCCCGGACAGCGCGGCGGCGUGGCAAGCACCCGCGCGCCACAACGAGCGUGGCGGGCGACGCCUCGGGCCAAGACUGUCUGUGCACACGUACACACACAGCGCGCUACAUCGCGCUCGGCUCUCGCGCUCCCCGGACUGCUAUCCCCACUGUGUCUGAGUGUCUGAGCUCUGACACUGCUUUAUAAAUAAGCCUUCUCGACCAUCGUCCAUCGACCAGGUUGCAGGUACGAGUUAUGAUUCCGAGAGACCGGCGACAUCUACCUCGUCACGUCGUACGACGCCGGCUCCGAAGCUUCUAACGCCAUGGUCAGUGCCGACAACGGCCCUUACAGGAGUGCGACGUCAAUAAUCGGAAACGUCGACACGACCGACGGGAACGUUGUGAUCUACAACGAACCGGGGAAGGUCUCGCACCACGAAGGGUUUAAGGUCGAGACAGUUGCUCGCGCCCAGAACAUCUCAACCAACCCCUUCAUGACCAAGCACCCGGCGACCUUCAUCGGCUCGGACGACGAGAACUACGGCGGCACCAUCCGCAAGAUUCAGUUUGGCCUGGGGGAGCCCUAGGAAUGCGGCCGCUCAGCUCGCGGGCCACCAGCCCACGAUCCGCUCCCUCUGUCGCGGGUCGCAAGGGGGUUGGUCCCGCUGCAUGACGCGCACUAGGAGCCGCCGCCGCCUCUCUCUGGCGGCAUCCAGAUAGGGGCUGCCCGGACAGCGCGGCGGCGUGGCAAGCACCCGCGCGCCACAACGAGCGUGGCGGGCGACGCCUCGGGCCAAGACUGUCUGUGCACACGUACACACACAGCGCGCUACAUCGCGCUCGGCUCUCGCGCUCCCCGGACUGCUAUCCCCACUGUGUCUGAGUGUCUGAGCUCUGACACUGCUUUAUAAAU